ACAGCAGCAGCAGUAGCCGCUGCAGGAUUUAGCGGUCGGCCAACCAGGAGCAGCAGGAGUAGAGAAUUUUCCCAGCAGGAUGCGGAGUCGCACGGAACUGGUGACCACCACUUUCGAGGAGAGCGACGAGGACGACUUCAGUCCGGACGAUGAUUCCGAUUCGGAGGAGGACUGGCGGCCCACUAAGAAACGUCCGACCAAGCCAUCUGGUUCCGAUGGCGGCAGAAAGCGGAAAUCAACGGCUGCCACAGCCUCGAAGGCAAAGCGCCGCAUGGCCAAGGUGAGCGACGAGGAGUCGGAGGACGAGGAUGACCUAGAAAUAGAAACGGAUCCCAGCGACGACGACUUCGACUUUCCCUCGACCAGCACUUCAAAAAGACCCCAAAGUCUGCCACCCAAGAAACAGUUCGUAAAGCUGAAUCAAUUGGAUUUGCUGGUGAAGAAGUCUGAUCUGUUGGAAAACGACUGGCUGAAGAACAAUCGAUUGUGUCUGUGGCGAAAGGACGAACAGACGAAUCUACUCCAGAAGUAUCUGCGUGUAAAGUCGGCCUCUGAGGAGGAGGAACUGCUCUUCACCUCCAGUUCGGUGUAUUCCAGUUGGGAUGAUCAGCAGACGAGCGACUUCAUAGAGGUCAAAGUCAACUGCUUGGAUCCCAACAAUAGACGCAUUAAACUACACGAUCUCGAGGCGGUUAAGAAAAUCUCCGAGGAACUACAAUCAGAGAGGGAUAAGUCCUCAGCAUCGGACAAAGAAGAAGCUUCGGAGGCGGAAGAAGAAAAGCCAGAUGAGGCCGAAUCUUAAACAACUAUUAAAUAUACGCAACACUAACAUUUUCUUUAGUAAUUAAAACUAGUUGGCCAAGUUAGCGUUAAACAACAAA